AAACUUUCACAUUAUAUCCAGUUAAAGCAACACUUUUAUCUCGACGUUUUAAAACACCUACCAAAAAUCUAAACGUAACUGUAAAGUUGAUAGGACUGCGUAGACGAGUCGGCGAGUAUCGAGUAUCAGAAACUUGGGUCAGUUUGCGCGAGAGUGUCAAUUGGAGAGGUUCACUCGCAAACUCUUUGAUAUAUAUAAAAAAUGGCAGAGGCUACAGGUGCUUCAAGUGUUAAUUCAAAGGUAGAAAUCGUCCGAGGACAAGCUUUCGAAGUGGGCCCGCGUUACACCAACUUGGCGUACAUCGGCGAAGGCGCUUACGGAAUGGUCGUAUCGGCAUAUGACACAGUAACAAAGACGAAGGUAGCAAUCAAGAAAAUAUCGCCUUUCGAACACCAAACGUACUGCCAGAGGACGCUGCGAGAAAUCAAAAUCCUUACACGGUUUAAACACGAAAAUAUUAUCGAUAUUCGAGAUAUUCUUAGGGCACUCGCCAUCGAUCAAAUGAAAGAUGUUUACAUUGUCCAGUGCCUCAUGGAAACCGAUCUUUACAAAUUACUAAAAUCACAGAGACUGAGUAACGACCACAUAUGUUACUUCCUCUACCAGAUACUGCGCGGCUUGAAAUACAUCCACUCAGCUAAUGUGCUACACAGAGAUUUAAAACCGAGCAAUUUACUACUCAACACAACCUGUGACCUUAAGAUUUGUGAUUUUGGAUUAGCUAGAGUAGCAGAUCCAGAUCACGAUCACACAGGGUUUUUAACGGAGUAUGUAGCAACAAGAUGGUAUAGGGCACCAGAAAUAAUGUUAAAUUCGAAGGGGUACACAAAAUCGAUCGAUAUUUGGUCAGUUGGAUGCAUAUUAGCGGAAAUGUUGUCAAACAGACCUAUAUUUCCUGGAAAACAUUACCUUGACCAACUUAAUCACAUUUUAGGUGUGUUAGGAUCGCCUUCACAAGAAGAUCUCGAUUGUAUAAUAAACGAAAAAGCUAGAGGUUACCUUCAAUCUUUACCAUUUAAACCAAAAGUACCCUGGGUAAAACUUUUCCCAACAGCAGAUCCAAAAGCUUUAGAUUUAUUGGAUAAAAUGUUAACAUUUAAUCCUCAUAAAAGAAUUGGAGUUGAAGAGGCGUUGGCACACAAGUAUUUGGAACAGUAUUACGAUCCUGCAGAUGAGCCUGUUGCUGAAACACCAUUCCGCUUGGAUACAGAAUUAGAUGAUCUUCCAAAAGAAGUUUUGAAGCGAUUAAUAUUCGAAGAAACACUCGUUUUUAAGCAACGGGGGAAUCAAGAUCAUGCAUAGUCAUUCGAGAUAAACGUAUAAAAUACAAAUAAAAGGAAACUCAGAAAUUUUCUUUGUAAAAUAAAAAAAAAGUUAAGACACACAUAAGAUUUUUUCGACCGUUGUUUAAUGUUAACAGUUGUUGUGAAUCUUCUGGUUGUCAUACAUUUAAUAAUAAUCAUAUUAAAAAAAUACAAAAAUAUCAAAAUGAAAAAACGGAACGUUAAGGUUUUAUUUUUUUCAGUGAUAUCUAUGUGUAUUAUAAAAUAUAAAAAGUGUAAGGAAAAAGAUAUAUAUAGGAGUUUGAAACCAAUAAUAAUGAAGCGAGAAUUUAAACAUUAAAAAAAGCGAAGAGAAAAAUUAAAUGAAAUCAAAGUCUAUUUUUGAAAAUUAGUUUUUGUAACUUGAUGAAGUGAAAAAUAUAACACUAAAGUAAGUACAACAUUGUGAGAUGCUAGUACAACUGAGCGAACGCUUUUCCUUUUUAUAAAUAAAGUAACAAAAACCUUUAUUCCUUCCUCCCCCAUCGCCGUCGACCUUUUAAUUCCACUUAAAAAAUCGAGAGAAAGAAGUUAA